AGGGCGGGUAAAAGGCGCGCGCGGGCCGGGGUGCUGCAGAGGCGCGGGGCGCGGGAAGCGGAGCCGUGAGCGUAGGGCGGCGGGCCGGGCCGCGGCGGCACCGGCGGCACCGGCGGCACCACAGCCCAGCCCCGGCAGCGGCCGCAGCACCGCCCGCCCGCCGCCGCAUGCCCGGGCGGGCGCCGCCGUUGCCGUCCAUGCGGGGCGGCGGGGCCGAGGCGGCGGCAUGAGCCAGAGCGAGGUGUCGCCGUGCGCGGCGCCGCCGCCGCCCCCCAGCCAGCGGGUGUUCCAGGAGGCGGUGCGGCGCGGCAACACCAAGGAGCUGCAGUCGCUGCUGCAGAACAUGACGAACUGCGAGUUCAACGUCAACUCCUUCGGGCCCGAGGGGCAGACGGCGCUGCACCAGUCCGUCAUCGACGGCAACCUCGAGCUCGUCAAGCUCCUGGUCAAGUUCGGCGCUGACAUCCGUCUGGCCAACCGCGAUGGCUGGAGCGCCCUGCACAUCGCCGCCUUCGGGGGCCACCAGGACAUCGUCCUCUACCUGAUCACCAAGGCCAAAUAUUCCGCCGGCGCACGGUGAUGCCGGGGCUGCCCCCAGCUCCGCUCGCCCGGUGAUGCUGGGUCCCCCCCACCCCGCGUUCCCCCGGCGAUGUCGGCUCCCGCUCCCCCGGUGAUGCCGGGGACCCUCCCCGCUCCCCCGGGCGCCAGAGCUGCUCCCGCCCCCGCCUGGGGGGGUUGGCGAAGAUUUGGGGCCCCACGCAGAACACGCCACCGCUUUUACAUUUUUAAGUUUUGUUUUGUUUUGUUUUAAUCUUCCAAGGUUGUUUCCUACUGUAACGUGGUUUUUUUUUUUUCCUUCAUCUACCUCGGCUGCACUUACAGUAUUCACGGUUUCAGUUUGACAUCUGAGCAGAUGCUUUAACAACCCCCGUUCCCUCUCCGCUAAUAUUUAAUCCCCCUCCCCGCCCUCCUCGCUCCCGACCCUCCCAUUUAAAGUGUUCUGGCUCAGAAACGAAUUCAUUUCAACGCCCCCCAAAAGCCACCCGCAGACCCCCGCUGGUGCUGGGGUCCCCUCUCCGGUGCCAGCCCCAGCCCCGGACGUGAUCCCCGUCCAUGGGCUGGGGCUCCCGGCCGGCCGCGGCCUUCCUGGCGAGGAAGAGCAGGAAAGUCUUCUUCCUCUCCACGGUUCUCCCAGUGUUUUCCCACCGCUGACUUUUUUUUUUUUUUUUUUUUUUUUUUUUUUUUUUUUUUUUUUUUUUGAGGCGACUCCGUUGGAUUAUGACAGACGUGGUUUUUUUACCCCAAUUGCUAUUGGGUUUGAUUGAUUUUGCGUUGGGUUUUCUGCUUUGUUUCUUCCUUGGGUGUCUGAAGAAAGUCUGCGUCCUCACCCACUCCACAAAUCUGUUUAGCUCACGUGAGAUCCCAGGAAAAGACAUUGAGUCCUUGUGGUUUUGUGUGUAAAGGGGGAUUAGCAAAUCCUGAACUGUUUUUUUCUUUUUAAAAAAAGUGAAAUAAACUCUAAAGGCAGAGGAUUUGCUUUUGCACAGAAAAGGGGCGCGAGCGCUCUCUGCUGCCUACAGAGAUGCUGGAAAACUACUGAAAAAAGUUUGGAAACUUUUUUUUUUUCUUUUGGUGAAACAUGGAUAACACUUCUCAAUGCAGAACGAUUCACUUGACGUACGUACACUCACCCACCUUUUAUAGGAGAUAUAUAUCCCGCUGUAUAUAUCUUUAUAAAGGAAAGGGAGGAAGCAGAACGAGCCACUCGAAGGCGCAUUUUGAAGUGACUGCACGUAUAAUCGCAAAUGCUGCUUUUUUAUUGCUAUGGCACAAGAACAUCCAUUUGGAAAAAUGCGGAAAAGUUCAGAAGUCUCAUUUCUCCUGCUGGUCUUUCAGCCCUCUUCUCCUCGUCUGCACUAAAGCCAUCCAUAUCACUGCCAUCUCCCUGCUCUUUCCUCUCUUGCUCCCUGCAUCCAAACCAUUCUGAUUAAAAAAGAGAAAAGAAAAUAGUUACCUGCUGGUUUAUUGGGGUUGUGUCUUACCUAUUUAUCAUGUUUGUAUAUAUUUGUGGGUGACGAUUGUGAGCCUGGUUUUGUUUGAAGCUGGUGGUGAGUGUUUCAAAGAAAUGGUUUGGGAUAUAUGCCUUUUUUUGUUGUUCUUUUUUUCUUUUCCUAGUCUUAAAACCUAAAAAAAAAAAAAAAAAAAAAAAAACAAAAAAAAAACCCCACAAAAAAACCCACCAAAACUUAAAAAAAAACCCCUAAAAAAACCCCACAAAACAAAAAACCACAAAAAAAAAAAACCCCACAAAAAACAAAACUAGAGUCUGCCCUGAUUAUUUCCCAUUGCACUGAAUAUUCUGCUUUGUCUCUGAUGGUUUCACCUGCAGUUGUUUGCGUUUUGUUGGGUUUUUUGUUUGUUUUUGUUCUUUGUCCACUUCAACAAUUUGAGAUGAUUUCAAAAGCUCCAGAUUUAAGGAAGAAAAAGAGGAAAAAAAGCCCUGUCGAAAGUGUCUACUGUUAAUGCUGUAAUUUGCAAGGAACUGCUUGGCUGAAGUCUUUCUGUGAGCAUGGAAGGAGGUGUCCAGCACUUCCACUGGUGCUUCUGUGUGAUAGUUAUGGGGUGGGAACAAGACCUUUCCUAGUGAGGUUUUAUCGUUGUUACCAGAUGGUUGCACAUUUUUAUUUUUUUUUACGUAAAUGGAUUUGCCACAAUGAAAUGUCAUAACAUUUAUGACAUGAUAUUAAAAAGUGUAUUGUAAAGCCAAGUUCUAGAUGGAUUUUUAAAAAGAAAUCUUGGUUAUAAACCCAGUCUAAAGGGAGCUCUGUCCGGUGUUGUAAAGACAACAUGAUGUAACCCAUAUUUAUAUUUUUAUAAAAUACCUAUUAAGACUGUGAAUCUCCUGUGUGAAUUGCUGGGUGAGUUGUUUAAGAAAAGCAUUGUUCCUUUCCAGCCUCCUGGAGCUUUAGACACGCUGAGAUUUUUGGGAAACUGUACGUCGGGGAAGGGGGUUUGCUCUGAAAUUGUGAGUUGAUGUAUUUUUACAUCCCUUUGUAUUUUACUGAAAAGCUGCUGCCCUUUCUAGUCCCUAGAGUUUCAAUUUUCUAUGCAACCCCCACACCCCCGUCUCUCUUGAUCCUGAGAAGUAAAAGGGAUGCAGAUUGAUUCAAAUUGAAAUGAGGGUCCCCCCACCCCCCUUGUUGGCUCAUCAUGCUGCUGACCCUUCACGCCAAAACGGGGAGUACAAGGAAAAAAAAAGAGGCAGGUGGGGGGAGGCUCUUUCAUGCAUGACUGGUUGCCUUCCAGCAGUCAUCUUUUUAAUUAUUAUUAUUAUUUUUGUAAGAAGAAUAUAUUGAUAAUGUCAGUGAAAUAAGCAGACAUUGAAGCUGAUGCACAGAUUGCUCCAGAAAGGAGUUUUUCUGUAGAUUUUUCUUUAGAUGCAAAUACCUUUUUUAAUUAUGUUAAUUAAUGUUAAGAAUUUUUAGGCUUAUAUUGAAGCUGUAUGUGGGUCACUAUAUGAUCAUUUCUAACUGGAUAAAGUCUGUACAGUACAGCAUAUUCCUGAGUGUAUGAUAUAGACAUGUAGCCCCAGAGUGCGAAAUUUAUAAAUAAAUUUUUCA